AUGGCUAUUCUUCUGCUUGUUGCACUGCUGCCAAAUCUUCUAAUAUUAGGAGUGCAGUCAAUUGGAGUAUGCUAUGGGAGAAAUGGCAACAAUUUACCAUCUCCUCAAGAUGUCAUAAAUCUUUAUAAAGAUAAUGGCAUAACAAACUUGAGAAUUUAUGAUCCAAAUCCUGAAGUACUCAAUGCUCUUAGGGGAAGUAGCAUUGAAAUAAUUCUUGACAUUCCCAAUUACAACUUGCAAGCCUUAGCAGAUCCAAAUGCAGCUACAAAUUGGGUACAUACCAAUAUUAUUAACUAUUUUCCAAGUGUUAAAAUCAAAUAUAUAGCUGUUGGAAAUGAAGUUUCUCCAGGAUUUCCUCAAACAGCUCAAUUUGCACCCUUUAUUCUCCCCGCGAUCCAAAAUGUACAACGAGCAUUAGCAACGUACGGGGUACAAAACCAAAUCAAGGUCUCAACGGUCAUGUACUCAGGCGUUUUAUCAAACACCUACCCUCCUUGGAACGCGAUUUUUCGCGAUGAUCUGAGAGAUUUCAUCGUCCCGAUAGUACAGUUCCUGACACAUAAUGGCUCUCCCUUGUUGGCCAAUAUUUACCCUUACUUCGCGUACCGUGGUGACCCGGCCCAUGUUGCACUCCCUUAUGCACUAUUUACCCAACCGGGAGCGGAUCCCGGGUCGGGUUAUCAUAACUUGUUUGAUGCUAUGUUGGAUGCACAGUAUUAUGCACUUGAGAAAGUUGGUGGAAAUAACAUAGAAAUUGUUGUUGCUGAAAGUGGAUGGCCAUCUGAUGGUGGAUUUGGAGCAAGUAUGGAAAAUGCUGGAACUUAUUAUAUAAAUUUGAAUAAUCAUGUGAAAUCAGGAGGAGGAACUCCACACAAGCCUGGAAAAAUUAUAGAAACUUAUUUGUUUGCUAUGUUUGAUGAAAAUUUGAAGGAAGGAGAUGAGACUGAGAAACAUUAUGGAGUGUUUUAUCCUAAUAAAGCUAAGAAGUAUAAUAUUAACUUCCAAUAG